AUGGCACCUAGAGACUUGGCAAUAGGAAUGGCUUUUCUGAGUCAGACAGCCACCGGAAUCCUAGGUAAUGCUGUUCUUCUGUUCCAUUAUUUCUUUCUCUGCCUCACUGGAUACAGGUUAAAGACCACAGAUGUAAUAGCUGAGCACUUGACUCUAGCAAACACAGUGAUCAUGUUGUCUAAGGGAAUCUCACAGACACUGAAAGCAUUUGGGAUAAAGUAUUUCUCUCACAUUAUUAGAUGCACAAUUCUUUUGUAUAUCUACAGAGUGGCCAGAGGUGUGUCAGUUAGUACAACCUGCCUCCUAAGUGUCUUCCAGGCCAUGAAGAUCAGCCCCAUGACCUCCAGUUGGAAGGUCCUUAAAGAUAAAGUUCCCAAAAACAUGGGUUUCACUAUUUUCCUCAUUUGGAUUCACUGUACGUUGGUAAAUUUCAUUUUUCCAUUUUAUGCCAUCAGUAGAUCCAACAGCAAAAAUAUUACAAAGAUAAAACAUUUUGGACAGUACUGUUCUAAUUUUAGAGACAAAAUCACAGAGGCAUUGUAUGCAACAUUGCUGUUAUUCCCUGAACUUCUGUGUUCUGUGCUCAUGAUCUGGUCCAGUUGCUCCAUGAUUUUCAUUCUUCACAGACACAAGCAACAGGUCCAAUAUAUCAGUAGGACAAAUGUUUCCCAGAAAUCAUCCCCUGAGACCAGGGCCACCCAAAGUGUCCUUGUCCUUGUGUGCACCUUUGUGUCUUUUUACACCCUCUCCUCCUGCUUUUAUACUUAUGUUGUGAAUUUCUAUAUUCCAAACUGGUGGCUCAUGGACACUUCUGACCUCAUUUCCACCUGCUUCCCCACCAUCAGCCCUUUCAUUUUAAUGAGGUGCAAUUCCACUGCUUCCAGACUCUGGUUCACAUUCUUACAUUUUUUUCAGAAUCAUAUAGAAUGUACUGCCAAGCUAAGUGGUGUACACAGAUUAUUCUUUAAAAAGACAGAUAGAAAAAAUGAAGUAGUCGUUCCAUGCAAUCAGUAG